AGGCUCCUUUCCUUUUACCCAAGGAGGCGAUCAGCUGUGGCUCGGUCAUCGGAGUUUUGAAUAUUCUUUCCGUUACCUUCUCAUAGGAUAAACUAAUAACGAAACAUGUCCACCAACAACAUGGCAGAUCCGAGGAGACAAAAUAAGAUUUUAAGGUACAAGCCCCCCAGCACAGAGACCAACCCCACACUAGAGGACCCCACUCCUGACUACAUGAACCUGCUCGGCAUGAUCUUCAGCAUGUGUGGUCUCAUGCUUAAGCUGAAGUGGUGCGCCUGGAUUGCGGUCUACUGUUCUUUCAUCAGCUUCGCAAACUCCAGAAGUUCAGAAGACACCAAACAAAUGAUGAGCAGCUUUAUGCUGUCUAUCUCAGCAGUGGUGAUGUCAUACCUCCAGAACCCACAGCCAAUGUCUCCCCCAUGGUAACCAAGGGCCAGUCGCAGAAGAAAGCUGGAGUUGGACACCAUCGCCUCAACCUGCCCUCGGAAAAAAAACGAGUCAUCUAUGUGCAACAACCACAGAAACGGAAAAGAAAAUAAUGUAAUAAUGUCAGUUUUACAGUUUUAACCCUGUAAGAUAUUUUUUUUUUUGUUUGGUUGUUGAUGAAAUCUUUAUAAUAUUAUUGUUUAGAUUUUUUGCAUACUGUUCUGAAUAAACUGUCCGGUUAUAUAGAGAA